UACUCCAGGAUAUUUUAAAAAGCUUGUUUGUUAAAUAUUUUUUUAAUUUUAUUUAAAUUUAAUUUUAUGUUUACUUAAACGAAAUUUGGAAAAAUUUAGCUCUUGAGAAAAUUAUGCAGAUUCCCGAAUCAACUGAGGUAGCAUGGUAGGGGGCUUACAAGAUGUGAGGCGAAUGUGUCUUCAGUCUUCAACUUCCUCAGGUAGGACUUGCACGCAAAAUAGUUUUGAACCGGUUUCUUAGUUUUCGACUGUCGUUUGCUUCUAUGCACUUUCAUAUAUUAUCAAGAUGACAGUAAAGUUUUCUAAUUACACCAUGAAUCUCAUCGAAAAACUAGAAUAUGUAGUUAAAAAGUAUUUAAAAAUUUUCAUUAUCAGUUUAAUUGCCUUAUCAACAAUUAUUAUAUUUUACAAUGCGGGAUACAAGUGUUUAGCUAUUGUACUAUUCUUAUUCAUGUUUGGAGCAGCCAUUUUUUAUCAAAAAAUAUAUGAAAAAAAUGUGGUUCAACUUAAUAUGGCUGUUGUUAUAAUUGGAUGUGACUCUGGAUUAGGAUAUAGUCUGGCAGUUUAUUGUCGUUCUCUUGGAUUUGCUGUUAUUGCAAGUGUUCUUGAUAUUGAUGGACCCAAUGUAAACGAAUUGCUUGAACUUGGUGUUUACAUUUAUAAAUUAGAUAUUACUAUUAAAGAGAGUAUUCAAAAUUUUGGAGUUGAUAUACGAGAAUGUUUAAAAAACAAUAAAUUAGUUUUGUAUGCACUGAUCAAUAAUGCAGGAUUGAUGAUAAUUGGAGAUUUUGAAUGGCAAACAGAUGAUCAAAUUUUACAUCAGGUAAAUGUUAAUGUUGUGGGAACAAUAAGAAUAACAAAGGAACUAUUACCUUUACUUAGAGAUGACAAGGGUAGAAUUAUUUUUAUUUCGAGUCAUUGCACUGUAGAACCCUUGCCUUCAUUUUCUAUUUAUGGCGCUACCAAAAGUAGUAUUCGUGCUUGGGCCUCUGCUUUAAGAGUCGAAUUAAACGAUCAAGGGAUUAAAGUUGUAUGCUUCGCACCAGGGUCAUUUUUUCUUCAAAGUAACAUUAUGUCUCGUCAAGUGGAAUAUUUUAAAGAAAUGGAAGAUUCAAUGAGAAAUGAUGUAUGGAAGUUUCACUGUGAAGUAUUUAAGAAAGUAGAGCAGUAUUUUAAAAAUGUUGCAGCUUAUGUACGACCUCAAAAAGUAAUCAACGCUAUAUUAUAUGCUGUGUUCAGAGAUGCAGUUUUGGACAAAUAUCCAUCCUCAUUUUAUGAGGGUAGUGAAGAGGAUGAAAAAUUGACAAAGUGGAGCAUUAGUUCUGGAGGUCAAACUGCAGAUGGCUUUGUUUUUGUUUGCCUGUUUUAAUCUGUAAAGCCAUCUCUCAACCGGGGCCAAGAAUACCGUUCGCAUAUUUGUCUGUCGAACUUAAAUUUUUCCGUGGGACAAAUGACAUUUAUGUCGCCAUCGCGGAAUAUUCCUGCCAAAAGUUCUCUGCUAAGCAGGAUUCACUGGAGCCCAGUGUGUACUCAUUUCAAUUGAACUGAAUUCGUUAUGAUCUGCUGGGAGAAUAUUAAUAAUAAGAAAACGCAUUAUAAUAAAAUUACUUGAUGCGUUACAGAUGUAACACCAUAAAGCAAGAAUUUUACAUCAUGAAAGUAACAAUUUUUUCGUUACAAAGGUAACGUGGCUGACAGCUACGUAGGAAGCAUCUCACCACUGCUACUAUCAGCUUGUUACAAACCAAAAUAUAUUGUUAUUUAAAUAUUUAAACUACAUCACUUUUAUGCCUCCAGAAACCUGCUAUUGACUCGCGAUCAAGAGUUGUACUGCGAUAUGAUCUUAACACUAAGGCCAGCCUCUAUCCAUGAUACUGUGUGAGCCUUCGUUCGUUCUACGCCUGCAGUAAUUCAUAUGUGCAAGAGAGAAAAGAAAUUCAUACGAUGAUUCAACCUUAAAAUGUAUAGGUGGUAACAAUGACUUUUUUCCGUAAUACUAAUGCAGAUCCAACAAUUCCAAUAUUUUUAAGCAUCCUUAAUAUUGCGAUUGUAACAUUGUUGAAUCAAUGUUACAAUCCUUUCUAUAACUUAAUUCACAAUAAAAUUAAUAAUGUAACAUUGUUACAGGAAUGUUACAUUAUUUUUUAUAAUUUUUAUAAUUAAAUUCUGAAUAAAUUGAUGA